ACUCCAACUUCGACCGUGACAAUGUACUAGUGACAACUGUACAUCAAGCACCGUGCAGGUUCUGUAGAACCACCCAACCCUUGCUUUAUUUCUCUGUCUUGCGUCCUCCCUUGUCUUGAUGAUUAUCUUCGGUAUGCUCAGCGCUCGAUUUGAAAGCUUCGAUUCAGCGGUUCCGGAAUAAGUACAAGGGAUGGCUACACACCAUUCUUAUUUCUCAAGGCCCGGCGACACUGUUGAUUUCUACAGUAUCAAUGGCAAGCAGAUGAUGUUCUAGUGAUGAGGUCAGCGAUGUCUAAGCCAGGGUCAUCUGUUGACAUCACUGUUCUACGUAACCUGCGCAAGACAAUACUGACUACCAAGGGAAGACGUUAUCUUCAAUGUUCAUGGCGUCCUAACUGUCGAACAGCCAAGAACAUAUGCUAGUCACUGGGACCUCUGGCCUUCGGUCGGCUUCCGCAUAGUCUAUGUGACGAGAUAUUGAGAUAAAAUUGCGAUAGCUGGCAUUUCUCGACAGAAGCUCGACAUCGGGAGUUCGCAAUAUCCGAGCAAGCUCUUGUGGAUCGCGCUGUGGAUCGCGCCAUGUAACAGAAGGGACCGAAUAUCAAGCGUUCAAUGAAGCGGCGAUCGUUCUUCGUGUCUAGGGAUGCGAGCUAAGAGGUCACAUGAAGAAGCUAUUCUUAUUUCAGACGUUAAUCAUGCUGCCUGUUUAAGCCUCAACUCUAACGAGGAUCUCUGAGACCAACACCGCUCCAUGUAGCGGAUUUCUACCGCGGCGGUAAACUGUGCUCUGUUAUGUCUAGGCGGUAAGGGUGAUUUUUGUGAGAGAUUUGCCACCAUCUGUCAAGGUAACUGCAAUGCCACCGUUGCAUGCACCACACUCUGCAUUUGGUUCUGACAUGGCAGUGGUGCAUUAGCUCGAAAGGUAUACGUCGAUAUGCAGGAGUUUGGGCAUAUAAAAAGGGCUACUCUGGACGAUUCAAAACUUCCACUUUCGGUGUCACCACAGGCGGCACUGCUUUCAACGAUCUCAAUGUCAUCGGCGGCGUGCAGAAUGUUAACAGGAUUUCGCGGAUUGUUAUCCGUCAUGGUGAAAUUGUUGACGCCAUCACGACGACCUAUCAACGCUCACGUGGACUUGCAUCCAUCACCCGGUCUAACGGUGGUACUGGUGGAAAUCUGGCUACCGUCGAUCUCAGCGCUACUGAGUCCGUCAUUACAAUCACUGGCACGUUCCGUUCCGUCUCUGGCCAGUAUGGUCCUUCAAGCAUUCAAGAUCUGAACUUCGUCAUUUUGAACAGCUCCACGGGGGUCGUUCGUGUUGCAGGUCCUUUUGCUCCUGCCUCUGGAGGAACUCCAUUCAGGGUCUACGGCACGCUCGUUGCAUUUGCCGGGACCAUCUCCACCCGCGGCACUCGUUUCAUUCAGGCCUUGUCCUUCUUCAUCAUUCCUACCCGGGCCGCUGUUCGGUCUGAUAUCGUUGCUGCUACUGCUGACGAUAUCGCUGACGAUAUCGCUGAUGAUAUUACCGCACCUGCCUAGUGAUCUAAAGGCUCUUGAUCCCUCAAUUCGGCUUGUGGUUCAUGUCACUCCCCGAUCUGGUCAAAUGUGGUUGGGCGGCAUGAACACGAGUGAUGUGUAACAAUAGUACCGAACGAUAUGUGUCAUUUUUGAAUAGUUUCCGCCUUGAUACGUUGUGGAAUCAAAUUAUGUGUGCAACUC